UAUUAUUUUUUAACUUAUUGAUCGUACAUAAUUUCCCCUUCUCUGCUUCCUUCACAAAUCAGCAACACCUGGCGCACAACAGCACCAUCUCUUCCGUUUCGCCGUCGUUUAACGGUUACUGUUUUCCGUUUCACCACCGUUUAUUAUUCCGUUUCCAAACCCAAACUAACUCUCGAGAUUUUCCUCUCUCUCUCUCAUCUGAGCCACACACACAGAUUCAGAGAGAGAAAGCUCUGCGAACUAUUGGAUUCUGAGCUCUCUGUUAAUUGAUGAGAAAUUGAGAAAGUUUGAACUGCGCCGUCUGCUGUUUGUUUGUAUCAACAAUACAAAUAUGGUUUGAGAAGCAUUGUGUUAUGUGAUAUCACACCGAAACAGUGCAAUGAAGGGUACAUGUAUUUCUCUUCUCAAAAGCUGCAAAUCUAUGUCUCACCUUAAGCAAAUUCAGACUCUCAUUUUCUCCACUGGCCUCCAACAAGACAGGGACACCCUCAACAAGCUCAUGGCUGUUUCAAUUCAAGACUUUCACUAUGCACUUAGAAUCUUCAACCACACCCAACACCCAUCUUUGUUCAUCUACAAUCUCCUAAUCAAAUCCUUCGUUAAAAGGGGUACUUUCACUGCAGCCAUUUCUCUAUUCAACCAACUAAGGGAAGAUGGGCUGUGGCCUGAUAAUUACACCUACCCUUAUGUUCUCAAGGCUAUUGGUUGCAUGGGUGAGGUUGGUCAAGGGGAAAAGGUUCAUGCUUUUGUCAUUAAGACUGGUCUUGACUUUGAUAAUUAUGUUUGUAACUCGUUGAUGGACAUGUAUGCUGAAUUGGGCCGUGUUGCUUGUCUCAAACACAUGUUUGAGGAAAUGCCUGACAGAGACAAUGUCUCUUGGAACAUCAUGAUUUCGGGUUUUGUCAGGUGUAAGAGAUUUCGGGAGGCCGUUGAAGUUUUUCAGCAGAUGCGAAUGGAAAACAAUGAGAAGCCUAGUGAAGCUACUGUGGUGAGCACUCUAACCGCUUGUGCGGCAUUGAGGCAUGUGGAGCUUGGCAAGGAGAUUCACAGUUAUAUCGCAAAUGAAUUGGAUUUCACGACCAUUAUGGGGAAUGCAUUGUUGGACAUGUAUUGUAAGUGUGGAUGUGUGAGUGUGGCUCGUGAAAUUUUUGAUGGGAUGACUGUGAAGAAUGUGAAUUGUUGGACCAGUAUGGUAACUGGGUAUGUAAAUUGUGGUCAGUUGGAUCAAGCUAGAGAUUUGUUUGACAAGAGUCCAACAAGGGAUAUUGUUCUUUGGACGGCUAUGAUUAAUGGUUAUGUUCAGUUUAAUUGUUUUGAUGAGGCAAUUGCAUUAUUUGGGGAGAUGCAAGUCAGAGGAGUGAAGCCUGACAAGUUCAUUGUGGUUUCUCUCCUAACAUGUUGUGCUCAAUUGGGAGCUUUGGAGCAUGGCAGGUGGAUUCAUGAUUAUGUACGUGAAAACCGAAUCACGGUGGAUGCUGUGGUUGGUACUUCCCUUAUUGAAAUGUAUGCUAAAUGUGGUUGCAUAGAGAAGUCUUUGGAGGUUUUUAAUGGAUUAAAGGAAAAGGAUACUGCCUCAUGGACUUCGAUUAUUUGUGGACUGGCCAUGAAUGGUAAGACAAAGAAAGCACUGGAGUUGUUUGAAGAAAUGAAAACAUUUGGGGCAAAACCGGAUGAUGUUACUUUUAUUGUUCUUCUGAGUGCGUGUAGUCAUGCAGGAUUGGUAGAAGAAGGCCGCAGGUUAUUUCAUUCCAUGUCAUGUAUAUAUGAUAUUGAGCCAAAUUUAGAACACUAUGGGUGUUUCAUUGACCUUCUUGGUCGAGCUGGACUUUUACAUGAGGCAGAGGAGUUGAUAAGAAAGUUACCGGACCAAAAAAAUGAGAUAAUAGUUCCAAUUUAUGGAUCUUUGCUAAGUGCCUGCAGAACUUAUGGCAAUACUGAUAUGGGUGAAAGGCUUGCUACAACACUAGCAAAAGUGAAAUCCAGUGAUUCAAGUCUUCAUUCACUCCUUGCUAGCAUUUAUGCUUCUGCUGACAGAUGGGAAGAUGCGAGCAAGACGAGAAGUAAGAUGAAAGAUUUGCAUAUAAAAAAGGUGCCAGGGUGUAGUGCCAUUGAGGUGGAUGGCAUUGGCAACAAAGUAGAAGUUGGGGACCUUUCCCAUUUUCGGACCAGAUCUGAUUGUACUUCUAUGAGAAUUUGAUUCUGUAGUACAUAUGUUUAAUGCAUAUGUAUGUUUAUUUACAAAGAAAGUUAACAAAGUAUAUCCUAUAUGAAAGUAUAAAUUGAUGAAGUUGUGGGAGUUUUGUCAAAGAGAGACACCCAAAUUUUGAGUAACGGGACUGAUUAUUUUACUUCAUUGUGUGUAAAAGGGAAUGAGGUUACAAUUAGAGACUUGUGCUACUUUAAAAAGUAAUACAUUUAUUAAGUUAGUAUAAUUUUGAUGGUGAGCAUAAGAAUUUUUAUGAGCCAAAAUAUGGACAUACUUCUCUUCAAGAUAUAAUUUAAUUUCAAAAUCUUGGCUACAUGGAUUUCAGUCGUAGUAUGACAUAUGUGGCCUAUAACAAUUAUGUUUGUGCUGGUAAAGUAUACUCAGUAGCAACAGUAAAGGACCAUCAAUUGUUGAUAUAUGCAUGAUCAAUUCCAAUGAAACUUGAUUUUUCUUUGUUCCUUUUGCAUGGAUUUCUUUCUGAAAAGUGAAGAAAAAAGCACGUUGUGAAAUGAGAACAAUUUGCUCAUGUAUUUGAGACUUGGGACUGGAAGGGUCACUUUUAAUCACUUGCAUGACUAAAUGAAUAACAUCAUUGUCAUAACAACAUUUCAGAAAUAAGAAAUCAACGGAAGAUGGGUCAUAUAACUGUGGUAGGUCCUUGGAGAUUGCUGAAUGUCACUUGCAUUGAUAUUCAACACACCGAAUUCCAGUUAUGAUAUUCUCUAAUGUCUUGUGUGCUCAUGAGUGAUGAGUGAAGCAUACAAGUUAUUAUCCUGGUGCUGGUGGUUCAGCUCACUUGCUUGGUAAGUUCCUUGGGUCGUGCUUUGUAUUAGUUUCCUCGAAGACCAAUUGUCUUACCAACAUUAGUUAGUAAUUAGCUUUACAAAUGUCUGGGAUGGUUGCUGCUCUUACUCCGUUGCCUGUUUCUGGUGUUCCUGUGUGUGGUUCUUCCAUGAGAUUUGGAGCUCUGCGAUCUAUCGGAUUCGGAGCUCUGCGAUCUAUCGGAUUCGGAGCUCUGCGAUCUAUCGGAUUUGGAGCUCUCUGUUCAUUGGUGAAAUUUUCGCAUGUGGGGGCAUUACCGGGAAAGCUCCUCAAUGUACAAACACACUCCUUCAAGAGAUUAUUCAAAUUUGGAAGACAUGGAAGAUAACUCAGGUAUUCCUUCAUUAAACAUUUACAAAUGUACUUCAAGUUGAGUGACAUCUAUUAACUAGUUCAAUUUUGUUGUGAAAAUAUAGCAACUAACUUGAAUACUUCCUCAAGGAAAUAUCCUACCUGUGAAAUCAUUGCCACCUUUCCAGCAUAAUUGUUUCAACAUUUCAUUAUUCAGAAGAAAAGAAAAUCAUCUGAUCUUGAAAGUGAUUUUGCUUUCAUAUGUUAUUGCUUUUGUAGAUUAUUAAUAGUUUGCAAUCAACUGCACUGCAGUGCUGAAAAUGAUAAUUAGAAAAUGUCUUUUAGUGAUGUAAUGCAUAUUUUUGAUUAGUUCUUCAGUCAUGGUAACUACUAACCAUGCUAGCCAAGAGCUGAACCAGAACACUAGCAUUCUAGUCCCAAUUGGGAACCUCCUCCUUUGGGGUGGUUGAAGCUUAAUGUUGAUGCUGGCAUCGUUAAAGAUGAAGGUACCGUUUAGGGGCUGGUGCUUAGGAACCACCUAUCUGAAGUGGUCUAUACAGCAACAAAAAAGGAUAUUCUGUCUGUUGAUGCUUUAACUGCUGAAACUCUUGGUUUGCGGUGGAGUUUGCAAGUGGCACACCAGCAACACCUAACCAAAGUGCUUGUUGAACUGGAUGCAAAGAUGGUUAUUGAUUAUUUUAAUGGCAAGUUGCCUCAAGCUUCUAUUAAUCAUUUUAUUGUUGAUUGUAAGUAGAGGAGUGUUCUGUGAAGUGUGAACUAUAUAAUCGUAUUUAGUUCACUCAAGUAAGUUUUUGUCUUCACUCUUAUCUAAUGAUAUAUAAACUUCAAAUCAAUCUUCCAAAAAUAUAGGUGCACUUUUUAAUUGA